CCUCAUUCAAUUUUCAAACCCAAAAACAAAAAGAGACGAAACCCAAAUACCAAAAGUGGGAUUUUUCCCUCCUCCCUCAAAAUUUCACGCGCCCUCUCCUAUUCCGAAAAUGGAAGAAAAUCAUGAUGUGGUGGAAGAUGUGGAUAGCGGUUCUGGUGGUAGUGAUUUGGAUUCUUUUAUAGAUGAUUUUGAUUCGGAAGUUGAUGAAGUAUCGAUAUCAGGACAAGAUGACGGAUUGCAUCUCAAGGAACCUUUAUCUGAUAAAGAAAUUGGGGAGCUGAUUGCUGAAUUUUUGGAGGUUGAGAGUAAGGCUGCAGAGGCUCAGGAAGCGCUUGAAAAGGAGUCUCUUGCCAAAGUGGAGACUGAAGUUAGAGAGGAGCUGGCACAAACUCUUCAAGGGAAUGAUUUGGAAACAGCUGUUGCAGAUGAAAUGGCUACUUUAAUAGAAGACUGGAAAACAGAGCUCGAUGAGCUUGAGACUGAGAGUGCUCAUUUGUUGGAACAACUUGAUGGGGCAGGCAUUGAGCUACCAAGCCUUUAUAAGUGGAUUGAAAGUCAGGCUCCUAAUGGUUGCUGCACUGAAGCUUGGAAAACACGAAUACACUGGGUAGGAAGUCAGGUGAGUGGAGAAUUCACUGAGUCAAGAGCUGAUGCUGAGAAGUAUCUCCAAACUCACAGACCUGUAAGAAGGAAACAUGGGAAGUUAUUGGAGGAUGGUGCUAGUGGGUUUCUGCAGAAAAAACUAGCUGAAGACGGGAGCAAGGAUGUUGUGACAACGGAGGUUGAUUGGUGUUCUGUCAACAAAUUCUUUUCUGACGGUGCAACUAAGGAUAGCACCUCAUUUGGCAGCAAGCACUGGGCUUCUGUUUACUUGGCUAGCACACCUCACCAAGCUGCUGAGAUGGGACUUGAAUUCCCUGGAGUCAAUGAGGUGGAGGAGAUUGAUGACAUAGAUGGCAAUUCUAGUGAUCCAUUUGUUGCAGCUGCAGUUGCAAAUGAAAGAGAACUGAAUCUCUCUGAAGAACAAAAAGGAAAUUAUAGGAAGGUUAAGGAAGAAGAUGAUGCGAACAUUGAUAGGAAGCUUCAAGUUCAUUUGAAACGGAGGAGACAUCAAAAGAGAUCUAAACAGGAUGUCAGUAGGAAAAUUGAUGAAGAUGGCGUUAAUAUUUGUAACAAAGAUAAUGAGGUUGAAGACCAAACUUUGAAGUCUGCCAUGCUUGAAGGUUUGGAAAUUUCUAAUGGUAUUGACAAUCAAAGGAUCAUGAGUAAUGGUGCUCCGCUGUCUCCUGAUUCCACUGAAGCCAGAGGGUCCAAACGGCCGAAUGAGAGCGACGAACUGAACAUUGAUAAUAAGAGGAGUCGAACUAUAAUUUUAGACAGUGAUGAUGAAGCUGCAAUGGAAGAUACUUUCGACUGCAAUAUGAUUAACUCUGAGGAUCCUUCCUAUGUCAAAGAGAAUAUAUGCAUUUCUGGAGAUGAUGGUCUCACAUCACAUAGUCUGAAUAAGAAACUCCAAUGCACAGCUUGUAAUAAACUUUCUGCUGAUAUAAGUUCACAUCCACUUAUGAGAGUGAUUAUAUGUGCAAAUUGCAAGCGCUUAUUGGAAGAAAAGAUGCAUUUGAAGGAUCCUGAUUGCUCCGUGUGUUAUUGUGGGUGGUGUGGGCAAAGCAAUGAUUUAUUGAGUUGUAAAUCUUGCACAAUGCUAUUCUGUACAAAUUGUAUAAAGAGGAAUAUCGGAGAGGAAUGCUUAUCCAAGGCCCAGACCAAUGGCUGGCAGUGUUGUUCCUGUUGCCCGAGUCUCAUACAGACAUUGACGGUACAACUUCAGGAAGCAAUGGGAUAUGAAGAUUUGAUAGUAUCUAGCUCCGAUAGUGAUUCAGAUGAUUCAGAAGCAGGCAUGGAUGUUGCUAACAGUUCUAAGAGGAUGAGAAAGAAGAAGAUACGAAGGAUUAUUGAUGAUGCCGAAUUGGGAGAAGAAACCAAAAAAAAAGUUGCGAUUGAAAAGGAACGUCGAGAGCGUUUGCAGUCCUUUGAAGUGCAACUUUCUGUUAAAUCUAAGAUGAAGGUCUGUUCUAGCUAUAAUUGGAAUAUAUCUGAAGGUGCUAGUGCUGAAGUUGUGGGUGAUGCAUCAGCUGGUUAUAUUGUGAAUGUUAUGAGAGAGAAAGGUGAAGAACCUGUGAGAAUUCCUCCAAGCCUUUCAUCAAAAUUGAAGGCUCAUCAGAUUAUGGGCGUAAGGUUUAUGUGGGAGAACAUCGUACAGUCUGUCAGAGAAGUGAAGUCUGGGGAUGAAGGGCUUGGUUGUAUUCUUGCUCACAUGAUGGGCCUUGGUAAAACGCUUCAGUUGCUUUUUCAGGUUAUUACUUUUCUGUAUACUGCAAUGAGAAGUAUUGAUUUGGGGUUAAAAACUGCACUUAUUGUCACUCCUGUUAAUGUGCUUCAUAAUUGGCGGCAAGAGUUCUUGAAGUGGAAACCAUCAGAAGUAAAGCCUCUUCGGGUCUUCAUGCUAGAAGAUGUUUCAAGGGAGAAGAGAUUAGAGUUGCUUGUAAAGUGGAGAACUAAGGGUGGUGUUUUCUUGAUUGGCUACACUGCUUUCAGAAAUUUAUCUUUUAAAAAGCAUGUAAAGGAUCAGCAGAUGGCUGAAGAAAUUUGUCAUGCCUUACAUGAUGGACCUGAUAUACUAGUUUGUGACGAGGCCCAUAUUAUUAAGAAUACCAACGCUGAAGUAACCCAGGCCCUGAAAAAAGUUAGAUGCCAAAGAAGGAUAGCAUUAACUGGGUCACCUCUUCAGAACAAUCUCAUGGAAUAUUAUUGUAUGGUUGAUUUUGUAAGGGAAGGUUUUCUUGGAAGUAGCCACGAGUUUAGAAACCGCUUCCAGAAUCCUAUAGAGAAUGGUCAACAUACUAAUUCAACUGUGAGAGAUGUGAAAAUCAUGAAAGAGAGAUCGUAUGUUCUGUCUGAAACGUUGAAAGGAUUUGUUCAAAGAAUGGGCCUGAGCGUGGUGAAGAAGGACUUACCACCUAAAACUGUUUUUGUGAUAACUGUGAGGCUUUCUCCCAUACAGAAGAAAUUAUACAAGAGAUUCCUUGAUGUGCAUGGAUUCACUGCUGACAGGAUUUAUAAUGAAAAGAUGAAAAGAGGUUUUUUCGCUGGCUACCAGGCCUUAGCUCAGAUAUGGAACCAUCCUGGGAUAUUGCAAUUGAGAAAAGAUGACAGAGUCUAUAUGAGGCAUGAAGAUGGUGUGGAGAAUUUAAAUGCUAAUGACAGCUCUAGUGAUGAAAACACUGACUAUAUAGGAGAGAAGCAGGGGAAUAUCAAUGCAACUUUGCCAGGAAAAAAAGAUGAUGGUUACUUUCAGAAGGAUUGGUGGAAUGAUCUCAUCCAUGAAAAUAAUUAUAAGGAGGUUGAUUACAGUGGCAAAAUGGUAUUGCUGCUUGACAUUCUAGCCAUGUGUUCUGAUGUGGGUGAUAAGGCAUUGGUAUUUAGUCAGAGCAUACCAACUCUUGAUUUGAUAGAACUUUACCUUGCAAGAUUACCUCGGCAUGGGAAGAGAUGCAAGUUUUGGAAGAAAGGAAAAGAUUGGUUUAGGCUAGAUGGAAGAACAGAGAGCUCGGAAAGGCAAAGAUUGGUUGAGCGCUUUAAUGAUCCUUUAAACAAGAGGGUGAAAUGCACUCUAAUAUCUACCAAAGCUGGAUCCUUGGGGAUAAAUCUUUAUGCAGCUAACCGUGUAAUCAUAGUUGAUGGGUCUUGGAAUCCGACGUAUGAUCUUCAGGCUAUCUAUCGUGCUUGGAGGUAUGGCCAAACAAAGCCCGUGUUUGCUUACAGAUUGAUGGCACAUAGAACUAUGGAAGAAAAAAUUUAUAAGCGUCAGGUAACAAAGGAGGGCCUGGCUGCAAGGGUAGUCGACAGACAACAGGUACAUAGGACAAUAUCCAAAGAAGAGAUGUUACAUCUUUUUGAGUUUGGUGACGAUGAAAACCAUGAAGGGCCUGAGCACGAUAACAGAGCUAAUCAAAGUAUUGCUGGUUCACAUGAUAAUUUGCCUAAGCACGAAACACAUCUUUCUUACGGAAAUUGCGCUGACAAAUUGAUGGAAAAGUUACUUGGCAAGCAUUAUCCGAGUUGGAUUGCCAAUUUUCACUUACAUGAGACGCUAUUGCAAGAGAAUGAAGAGGAAAAGCUAUCAAAAGAGGAGCAAGCCAUGGCUUUGGAAGCAUACCGGAGAUCAUUUGAAUGGGAGGAAGUGCAGCAGGUUCCUCUCAAUGAAGCUGUAGUUGACCAAAAGCCAGCUUCGCCAAUAGUGAACACACCUGCAACAGAGGUGAGCAGCUCUGCAGAAUCUAAGGCAAGGGGUACUUUUGUGCAGCGGAAAUGCACAAAAAUUUCGCAUUUACUGACCCUUAGAAGUCAAGGUACAAAAUCUGGUUGCACCACUGUGUGUGGGGAAUGUGCUCGUGAGAUAAGCUGGGAGGGUUUGAAUCAAGAAGGCAAGAAUGCAAAAUAAACUACAGUCCUCACCCUAUGUCUAAUGUGAAUUUUCCGAUUCUAUAUUGCUGCUGCUGCUGUGAGUAUUAUUUUUGGUCAGACAGCUGGUAUGAGUCCAUGGUCUUUUUUGAACAUUACCGUAAACCAUUCUGUUUGUAUAAAUCACUUUUGAGAAUGAAUGAGCAAUGUAAAUCUGUAUAUACAUUUCCCUCGAGUGAAUUUCAGGUGGUUUGCACUUUUCACAC